CUCCGGCACUUCCUCUUCUGCACCGAGAGGCACAUCACUUCCUGAAACGAGAGUCUCGGUGUUUCGGCUGUGCUGACUUUGUUUCCUUCAGAGCUGCAGUGAAAGAGUGAACCAGCUGUGUUUCUGCAUGAGGCUGCACUGACAAACGUCUCUGUCUCACCAGGUUUUAUUCUCAACCCGGCAGUAAGUUCAUACGUCAACAUGAGUGGAAGAAACAAGCCUUUUUUUAAGCAGCAGUCCACACCAUGCUUUGGGAAGGACACGCCACGUCUUUUCCCAAAGAUGUCAAUGUGUGAGGCUGAUGAGAAGAUACGUCUGAUGGCAGAGAAGGUGUACGCCUCUGCCCUGAACCAGGAAAACACCAAGCAUGCUCUGUCGCUGUUCUCUGUCCCUGAGGACUGUCCAAUCGGCCUGCACCAGGACAGGGAGCGGGAGCUGCAGAAGGAGUUGGCCGAGCAGAAGUCUCAGGAGUCUGUUCAGAGGAAGAAGAAUUUCUUGUUGAAGCGCUCGCAGUCGAUAUCUUUACAGCUGCCCGAUGACUGGAAGCAAUCUGCAACAUCCCCUCUGCCCACUCCAGGCAUGGCAGAUCCUUUUCCCCUGGAGGACUUCCCAGACUACCAGCGAGUAACCAUCAGCGGGGAUUACUGUGCAGGGAUCACAGUUGAGGAUUAUGAACAUGCAUCCGAGGGUCUCCUUAAAGCGCUCUUCAUCAGAGAGAAGUACUCCAGGCUGGCAUACCACCGUUUCCCAAGAACCACUGCCCGUAUUCUUCGUGUAGCCGAAAACAGAGAGUGGAAGGAGGAGGAGGAGGUCUUACCCAACAUCUGGCCUUUCCCUCAGGAAGGAGAGGAUCCAUACUCCAUGGAGAGUAUUCCUGAGAACCUGAACUAUGAGCUGAAGAUGAAAGAUGGAAUAUUUAAUGUUUAUGCUGACGCAGAAGCCCUGAAACAACAAAAACCUCUCAGCCUCCCUUAUCCUGAUCUGGAGACCUUUGCUGUAGACCUGAGCCAUGUACUUGCGAUGAUAGCUGAUGGUCCAACGAAAACCUACUGUCACAGACGACUUAAUUUCUUGGAAUCUAAAUUCCACCUCCAUGAAAUGCUGAAUGAAAUGGCAGAGCUGAGAGAGCUGAAAUGUGUAGCACACAGGGACUUCUACAAUGUUAGAAAGGUAGACACACACAUACACGCUGCCGCUUGCAUGAACCAGAAACAUCUGUUGAGAUUUAUACAAACAACUUACCAAGAAGAGGCGGACCGUGUGGUUUUGGAGAAAGGGGGCCAGAAGAUCACACUCAAGGAAGUCUUCAAGAACCUCAAAAUGGACCCGUAUGACUUGACUGUAGAUUCACUGGAUGUGCACGCUGGGAGACAAACCUUUCACCGGUUUGACAAGUUCAACUCCAAAUAUAAUCCUGUGGGAGCCAGUGAACUACGAGAGAUUUACUUGAAAACGGACAACUAUAUUAAUGGAGAAUACUUUGCACGUCUUAUCAAGGAAGUUGCUAACGAACUGGAGGAGAGCAUAUAUCAGCACGCCGAGCCACGUUUGUCGAUCUACGGCAGAUCUGCCAGCGAGUGGAAGAGCCUGGCAUCAUGGUUCAUCCAACACAAAGUCCACUCAUCCAACAUGAGAUGGAUGAUUCAAGUUCCAAGAAUUUAUGACAUCUUCAGGUCAAAAAAACUGGUUCCAAACUACGCCAAGAUGCUGGAGAACAUUUUCCUCCCACUUUUUGAAGCUACAGUCAACCCUCAAAAGCACAAAACAAUCCAUGUUUUCCUGAAAUACGUGACCGGGUUCGACAGUGUGGACGAUGAGUCCAAGCACAGCGACCACAUGUUCUCUUACAAAAGCCCAAAGCCUGAGGAAUGGACCACAGAAGACAACCCUCCCUACACCUAUUACCUCUUCUACAUGUAUGCCAACAUCAUGGUGCUGAACAAUCUGCGCAAGGACCGAGGACUGAACACCUUCCAGUUUCGUCCCCACUGUGGUGAGGCGGGUUCCAUCACCCACCUGGUCUCUGCCUUCCUGACAGCUGAUAAUAUCUCCCAUGGACUCAACCUGAAGAAGAGUCCAGUGUUGCAGUACCUGUACUACCUGGGCCAGGUCCCCAUUGCCAUGUCCCCACUGAGCAACAACAGCCUGUUCCUGCAGUACUCAAAGAACCCACUGCAAGAGUUUCUUCACAAGGGCCUGUGUGUGUCGCUGUCCACUGAUGAUCCCAUGCAGUUCCACUACACUAAGGAAGCUUUGAUGGAGGAGUAUGCCAUAGCAGCACAGCUGUGGAAGCUGAGCACAUGUGAUUUGUGUGAGAUUGCCAGGAACAGCGUUCUGCAGAGCGGCCUGUCCCAUGAGGAAAAGAAACUCUUCAUUGGUUCCAACUACCUACAAGAUGGACCAAAGGGUAAUGACAUCCGUAAGACAAACGUGGCUCAGAUCCGCAUGGCCUACCGCCACGAGACCCUGCAGAACGAACUCAGUUUCCUGGUGGAUGCGUUGAAGACGGAAGAUGAUCCGAAUCCAGCUGUGUGAUUCUCCUCAUGUUUACAAGCUACACCUGGAUGUGUCUUCAGAGAGCAGAGGACAAAACACGUCUUUAUAUGACAGAUUUGUAAAUGAACUCACUUAGAUUUUUAUGGGCAAAAGUGACACAGGUUACGUAGAUAAAUAAUAAUGCUGGUAGUUUGGGCCUACUUCAUGUAAUGUAAUGUGAAUGAACAUUUCUGGAUUGGAUCAUACUGUAAGAAGGUAUUUGUCACAACCUUUAUUGGUAUAGAUAUUCAGAUAUAGAUUAUUUUGACUUAAAAUAUUUUAAACUUGUCUGUAUUUGAUAUUACUAAUUUUUUCAAUGUUUGGGAGAAACUGUAUUUUCUGAGUAGCCAUAAUGCUGCUGAUUUUACCUAGAUUCAAGAUUCUGAAUAAAAAAGAUAACUCAAA